CAGAACUGAAGUGAAUAGGGAGGAUGCAUUAACGUGACCUAUAGCUGGGCGAUCUCGAUUAACCCACUCAAGUGAUUAUAAGUGUACACAUGCUUACGCUCGAGCCUUAGUACAGUCAGGGUUCGUCACGGCGGUUUUCAUUCUCAUUGUUGUCAGACGUGUGUGUAGUGUUAACAGAUUUGGUCUGUAACUUCUUUGUCUUUGGGUAGGUUGUCUCUGUGUGGAUGCUAGCUCACUAAGAGAUCACUUUUAUCGGGAAAUUGGACCCUCAAAAUGACUUUCGAAGGAUCAACAAUCAAAAGUCGCUUAAGGAAUAUGCUUCGCUCUCCGUCCAACAAACUUCGAAGAAAUCGUAAACAAGAAAACAUUGAAAAAAAGGUCAGAUUGGAGAGGGUACUUGGGAUCACAGCCUCUGGGAACAGUGGACUGGUGUCUGACCCACACUCUGGACUGGUCGCCUAUCCUGCUGGAUGUGUGGUGGUCUUGCUCAACCCCAAGAAGAACAAGCAGCUUCACAUCCUGAACACCUCCAGGAAAGCCAUCACAGCCCUCUCAUUCUCUCCAGAUGGAAAGUUCCUGGUCACUGGAGAGAGCGGUCACCUUCCAGCCGUGCGUGUGUGGGACGUGGCAGAGCGUACCCAGGUGGCGGAGCUGCAGGAGCAUAAGUACGGGGUGUCCUGCGUGGCCUUCUCCCCCAACAGCAAGUACAUCGUCAGCGUGGGCUACCAGCAUGACAUGAUGAUCAAUGUCUGGGCCUGGAAGAAGGACACUGUUGUCGCGGCUAACAAGGUGUCCAGUAAGGUGACAGCGGUGUCCUUCUCUGAGGACAGCUCCUACUUUGUGACAGCUGGAAACAGACAUGUGAAGUUCUGGUACCUGGACCACUCCAAACCCAUUAAGGCCAGUGCUCCUGUUCCUCUUCUGGGGCGAUCAGGUCUGCUGGGGGAACUGAGGAACAAUUUCUUCUGUGACGUGGCGUGUGGGCGGGGCUCUAAGUCAGGUGACACCUUCUGCAUCACGUCGUCUGGGCUGUUGUGCGUGUUCAACAGCAAGAGGACUCUGGACAAGUGGGUGGACCUACGGACCAGCUUGGCGCGAUCUCUGUGUGUGUCAGAGGAGCUGAUCUUCUGUGGCUGUGCAGAUGGGACGGUUCGAGCCUUCAGCCCUUCUGACCUGCAGUUCAUCGGCACGCUGCCCAGGCCACACCCCCUGGGCACCGACGUGUCGGCCAUCACUCAGGCCAGCCACCUGUUCUCCAACAAGACGGACGCCCGCUACCCUGACACUGUGGCGGUGACCUAUGACCCCGUCAGCCAUCGGCUGAGCUGUGUGUACAACGACCACAGUCUGUAUGUGUGGGACGUGAGGGACCUUCUCAGGGUGGGAAAGGUCCACUCUGCCCUCUUCCACGCUGCCUGUGUCUGGGACCUGGAGGUGUUUCCGGAGCUCCCAGAAAGCUCUGAGGCCAGCCUGUCUUCAGGGGUCUUCCUCAGCUGUUCUGCUGACAACACUGUGAGGCUGUGGAGCAUGGAGGGACCCGACACUCACCGCAACGUCCUCAGCAACGACCUGUUGAAAGUCAUCUACAUGGAUGAGAACACUGGAGCCCUGCUGGACACAGAGGGAACUGCGACCGGGAGCUUGGAGAAGGUGGAUGGACAGACAGCAGACACCAGGGCUGGCUUCCGGACCAUCAGUGUCAGCCCGGAUGGAAAACACCUGGCUUCAGGAGAUCGUAACGGCGUGCUGAGGGUUCACGACCUCAGGAGUAUGGAGGGGAUUCUCAAGGUGGAAGCCCAUGACUCAGAGAUCCUGUGUCUGGAGUACUCUAAACCUGAGACAGGACUGAAGCUGCUGGCCACCGCCAGCCGGGAUCGUCUCAUCCACGUCCUGGAUGCCGACAAAGCCUACAGUCUGCUCCAGACUCUGGAUGAGCACUCUUCCUCCAUCACGGCCGUCCGAUUCGCCUCCAAUGAGAACAAGGUCAGGAUGAUUAGCUGUGGCGCUGACAAGAGCAUCUACUUCCGUACGGCUCACAAGACAGGCAGGGGAACAGAGUUCAGGUGCUCCCACCAUGUGGUGAGGAAGACCACCCUGUAUGACAUGGGGGUGGACCCCACCUGCAAGUAUGCUGCUGUGGGCUGCCAGGACCGCAGCAUUAGGAUCUUCAACAUCAGCAGUGGGAAACAGAAGAAGCUGUACAAGGGCUCCCAGAGUGAGGACGGCAGCCUGCUGAAGGUACAGAUGGAUCCCUCUGGUCUGUUUGUGGCCACCAGCUGCUCUGACAAGAACAUCAGCAUCUUUGACUUCCUGUCUGGAGAGUGUGUAGCCACCAUGUUUGGCCACUCUGAGAUCGUCACAGGGAUGAAGUUCACCAACGACUGCAAGUAUCUGAUCUCAGUGUCUGGGGACAGCUGUAUCUUUGUGUGGCGUCUGGCCCCAGAGAUGACCCUGAGCAUGAGACAACGUCUCUCCCAGCUCCCCAACACCCAGCCGUGCAAGACCUCCCCUCUCAGGAGAGAGAUUUACAGUGCACCCUCUCUGGGAGGCGUGUCCUCGGAGAGUGACCAUGACAACGAGGAGGAGGGGCCAUUGAAUUACUCCCCCGACCAGGAAGAGAAGAGAGCCAGUACUUCCUCUGGCAGCAGCCAGGACGCGGAGGAAGACACAGGGGCCUCAGAUGAAAGUCAAGACUGGGAUUCUAACAAGAAGGAGCCGUGUGACUCUGUGGCCCCUGAGGCCCCUGCUCGCCCACGCAGGCGCUGGUCGUGUCGCAUGGGCUCCCUGGAGCUCAUGGUCAAGUCCAUGCUGGACCUGCGCCAGCUGGAAGCCUUCUCCAUGCCUAGCUCCUCCCACAAGAAAGGCUCCGCCUCCUGGCUCAGAGAGAGAGACGCAGGCAGCACCUCCAGCCUGCAGGGGGCGCUGGAGAUGGAGGAAAGGACUAAGAAAGAAGGCAGACAGCGCCCCCAUUCUGAUUGGUUGUCGUCCACCACAUCUAAACGUUCCCCUGGUGCAGAUGGUAAUGUACUGUACCCCGAGGGCAGUGAGAAUACAGCCAGGGUACUGGGCAGUGAUGACCUGGUGAAGGAGCAGCAGCAUGGCAGUGUGGACAGAGGAGGGCGUGCUGGAUGUCCUCAGGACAGCCAGAGUCCAGAUAGCGCCUGCUCUGUGGACUACGACAGCAGAGAGUCCAGCCCAGACCAGGCCCACGAGGACUCUGACGGAGUAGUACCGUUGACCUCUGAGGACGACCAGUCUGACCUGGAGGACGAAGAGGAGGACGAGGAUGGAGAGGUGGAGAGAGGGAAGGUGGAGGUGACCAGUAUGGAUGAAGCGAUGAGGACGGUUUCUGCCACCCCUGAACCGACCCAAGAAGCCUUCCUCAAACAGAACUUUGAGACCCUGGAUGACCCAAGCAGCAUGGAGAGGAGCAGAGUAGCCAGACUGAGCAUGUCGGCUCGCUUCCUGGCCAGGGGUUCCAACAACAACAACAACAGGAGGACUGCCCUGUUUGCCAAGGCCCACAAGAUCGAUUUAAGGCCUGGGGGGUCUCCAACCAUGCCCCUGGUCUCCAAGGUGCGGCCCUUGAUGGAGGAGGGGCGGGGGCAAGACUCAGAGGAGCGUAGCCCCUUCGACUCCAGCCUGGAGGAACAGAAGUCCGUGGAGGUGGGAGCUCCAGAGAGGGGCCCCGUGCUGCGAUCCCACCCCCAGAAGAGGAGGCCCCUGGGCAGUCACCUGUGGAGGAUGUCCAGCCCUGUGGGCAGACCUCCGGCCCAGACAGAGGGACCCGCAACACUGCAGAAGUCUCAGUCAGUCCAGAACCUCGCCUUAGAAGGUCUCUGUUACCCUACCCCAUCCUGUGGUCAAGGCGAGGCACGCCCCAGGCCUCAAAACCUGCGAGUGGAUCGGGACCCCUCCAGACCUCUGUCCCGUCUCUCCUCCCCCUCCUCCCCUGUCUCCCCCUCCUCCCCUGUCUCCCCCUUACCCUGGGAGAGCCCCAAGCUCAAGUCCCGCCGCUCCUACAUGUGCCCCACCACCAGCUCCAAGGCCAAGUCCAGCCACUCCUCAUCCACGGGGGAGGGCCUCCACCUGGGCAUGCUACUCAGCAGCUCCCCCCUGCCCUUGGAGGAUGAGAGCGGAGAGCCCGCUAGCCCCAAGAGCAGGAGUUCGUUUGAUGACCUGGAUGUUGAGCUUCCUGUCUUGUCAUCCUCUCCUACCCCUGCUUCUCUCUCCUCCCCCCCUUCCCCUCUCUGUCCUGGCAAAGACCGCUCCUGCCCUUCUCCUCCCAGGGCCACGGUCUCGCCCGAUCCAAGCUCAACCUGCUCCCUCAAUGUCCCGCCCUCCCGGAUCCCCCUUCCCAAACAGCCACUCGCAUCACGUCGCAGUCUUUGCACGGACAUGAGACCCCACAACGAUUGGCUAAAUGCUAUAGCUAGAACCUCCAACUCUAUGGAAGACCCUGGAUAUGAGUACAUACCGACAGGGUCAGUGUGCAAACCAGGCCUGGGUAAACGGCUGUCCCUACCCACAGACCAGGUCAGAGGGCAUCUGGGUAACCUUCAACUUCCAGUCUCACUUCCUGUGCACCAGGAAAGAUUCUUGGAUUGUCAGAAGGGGUUCCCAGGGCAGGAACCGCUGCUGUGUAAAGAUCGCCCACUGGUGUCUGUCCUGCUGUGUAAAGAUCGCCCCCUGGUGUCUGUCCAGGCACUCACCCUGACCACGACCGAAUCCCAGCCAGAGUUCUUUGUCAGUGUGGAACACUGCAGACAGGCGGCCGCAGAGCUUCACAGUACUCUCAGGAAAACCACCCAGCUCUAUGCGACGGUGCUGGGCUGUGGCUCAGUCCCCAGUGAGGAGCAGCAGGAGAUGAGGAGGGUUCUGGACGAGGCCCUGGACCUGGUCCGAGCUGAGCUGGACUCUCUCCCCCAGACGAAGGCCAGAGGUGAGGCCAGCGAGGCUGGGGGGGGCAGGGUCAAAGGUGAGGAGGCUCUGGCCCUGCUGGAGCAGUACUCUGAACUGUUGCUAAAGUCUGUGGAGAAGAGACUGGAUAACAAGACCUGACACACACAUACACCUACACAUCAACACACACACAUACACACAACUACACAUUAACACACACACACACACACAACUACACUUCAACACACACACACACACACAUACACAUCAACAUCAACACUCACGGAACCAUGCCUGCCUUGCCUGCCAUUCAGUUUCUAUAUAGAAGUUCAUGACUGAUCAAUAUCAGUAUUACAUGGUGCCAUUGGAAGAUGUAUAGAUGGAUGUGGAAAUUAAUUAGGUGGAAGCAGUUAUGAAAUAAGUAGGGAUGGAUAUAUUGUUGGUAAAAAUGGAAGCUAAUUCUCUAUUGUAUCACCAAGACAUUCUCAAGAUGUUUUAGCUGUCAAGCCUGCAAAGGCUGUGAAGUUUCCUAAUGUGACAUUGAUCAGAUUGUUACUGUGUUUCUGUCUUUUUGUACUGCAUUUUGUGAUGAUGAUUUGAACUCUGACAUAAUUUGUGGAUGCAUUU